AUGAAGGGAUCAAUCUCCUAUCAAAUCUACAAGGGUGCCCUGCUCCUUUCGGCACUCUUGAACUCUGUCCAGGCCCAGCAGGUCGGCACUCUGGCGACUGAGACUCACCCAUCUUUGACCUGGUCCAAGUGUACCGCCGGUGGUAGCUGCACUUCCGUGUCAGGCAGUGUUGUCAUUGAUGCCAACUGGCGCUGGGUUCACUCCACCAGCGGCUCGACCAACUGCUAUACCGGCAACACCUGGGACGCCACCCUCUGCCCUGACGACAAGACCUGCGCGACCAACUGCGCUGUAGAUGGCGCCAGCUACGCCAGCACCUAUGGUGUUACCACUACUGGUAACUCCCUGCGUAUCAACUUUGUCACCACUGCUUCGCAGAAGAACAUCGGCUCUCGUCUGUACUUGCUCGAGAAUGAUACCACCUACCAGAAGUUCAACCUGCUGAACCAGGAGUUUACCUUUGAUGUGGAUGUCUCCAACCUGCCCUGUGGUCUCAACGGUGCCCUCUACUUCGUGGACAUGGAUGCUGAUGGUGGCAUGGCCAAGUACCCCACCAACAAGGCCGGUGCCAAGUACGGAACUGGUUACUGUGACAGCCAGUGCCCGCGUGAUCUCAAGUUCAUCAACGGACAGGCCAACGUCGAGGGAUGGGCCCCCUCCAAGAGCGAUUCCAACUCCGGCAUUGGCAACCACGGCUCUUGCUGUGCUGAGAUGGAUAUCUGGGAGGCUAACUCCAUCUCCAACGCUCUUACUCCCCACCCUUGCGACACUCCCGGACAAACUAUGUGCACUGGAGAUACCUGCGGUGGAACCUACAGCAGCAACCGCUAUGGUGGCACUUGCGAUCCCGACGGUUGUGAUUUCAACCCGUACCGUCAGGGCGCUACUAGCUUCUACGGUCCUGGCUUGACCGUUGACACCAAGUCUCCCUUCACCGUUGUGACUCAAUUCAUCACUAACGACGGUACCUCCACCGGCACUCUAUCCGAGAUCAAGCGCUUCUACGUGCAGAACGGCAAGGUCAUCGGCCAGCCCCAGUCCACCAUCGUUGGCAACUCUGGAAACUCCAUCACCGACGCCUUCUGCAAGGCCCAAAAGACCGCUUUCGGCGACAUUGACGACUUCACCAAGCACGGCGCCAUGGCCGGUAUGGGUGCCGGUUUCGCCGACGGCAUGGUUCUCGUCAUGAGUCUGUGGGAUGACCACAACUCCAACAUGCUCUGGCUCGACAGCACUUACCCUACCAACGCCACCUCGACCACUCCUGGCGCCAAGCGUGGUACUUGCGAUAUCUCCUCUGGUGACCCUACCACCGUUGAGUCCACCAACGCCAACUCCUAUGUCAUCUACUCGAACAUCAAGACCGGUCCUUUCAACUCGACCUUCACCGGCGGCAGCACCGGCGGUAGCUCCAGCUCUUCCAUCACCAGUACCAAGACCAGCACCAAGACCACUUCUACCAGCUCCACCUCGACGACCACCUCUUCUGGCUCGGGCAGCACCACUGGUGCUGCUCACUGGGCCCAGUGCGGUGGAAACGGCUGGACCGGUCCCACCACCUGUGUGAGCCCGUACGUUUGCACCAAGUCCAACGACUGGUACUCUCAGUGCCUGUAA